AUGGUUUCGUUGCGUUUCUUGUUAUGUGGUAGUAGGGUCCUAGACCUGGGACACCGUAAUGGGGGUUGUGACCUGGUUACGAGCGUAUCAUACUUGGGAUAUCAAUGAGAUUCUUGGAGGAUCGCUCAACUUGG